GCUUGCGCAACAUGUAGCUCGGGAAUCGCUCUUUGUGCUCCUGGGCUGGCCUCUUGCUGACCGACUGCCACAGCUACUCAGGCGGUCGUGAUGGCGUCAUCUGCGCCUGGAACCUGAACCACGAACUCGUCGCCUCCCCCGCCGGAAGCCACUCCGCUGCCGUUGACGCGCCGGCCCACACGAAUGGCAGGCCGAGGCACAUGACACGGUUCCGCGCCCAGACACAGGCGCAUACUCACUGGAUCAACGACAUUGUUCUCGCCCAGCAUCACAAUGCCGUCGUAUCGGCUUCGUCCGACCUACUCAUCAAGCUAUGGCGGCCACUUGCUCAUAACGCGCAGGAGCCUGCCACCAUUGGCCAGCACGCCGACUACGUCAAGUGCGUUGCGACACCCAACCAGUCCACCAACUGGGUCGCCUCGGGCGGCCUUGACCGCAAGAUUUAUCUGUGGGACCUGGCGGGGGGUGGCCAGACGCUCCAGAUUGACGUCAGCGGCGAGGAGGUGACAGAGAAGGGCAGCGUCUAUGCCCUUGGUGUCAACGCCGGCAUUUUGGCCAGUGGCGGUCCCGAGAGUAUUGUCCGGCUGUGGGAUCCCAAGACGGGCAAGCGUAUCACCAAAUUCGUCGGCCACACGGACAACAUCCGCGCCAUCCUGGUGAAUGACUCGGGCGACAUGGUCAUGACGGCGAGCUCGGACCAGACGGUCAAAGUCUGGAGCGUCACAGCCGGCCGGUGCAUGCACACGUUGACCAUGCAUAACGACAGCGUGUGGUCCCUCUUCUCGGACGAUCCCGAACUCGGCAUCUUCUACAGCAGCGACCGCUCCGGCCUGGUGGUGAAGACGGACGUUCGAGGAACUCUGGGGGAGAUGGAUGAUGGUCUAUCCUUGGCGGUUGCCCAGGAGAAUGACGGCGUCAGCAAAGUGGUGGCCUGCGGCGACAGCAUGUGGACGGCAACUGCGCGCUCGUCCAUCAACCGAUGGGCCAACAUUGACACGCUUGCGGAUAUCCAGCUGCCCGAAGUCUUCAGGCAGCACCGUGCCUCUAUCGCGACGACCCGGAGCAGGGAGAGCUCAAUCCCAUCUCUUCCAGUCCCCUCACCUCCGCUAAACGGGUCUGCAAAGAAGACAAUCCCAGCGAAAUCCAUAUUACGGAUAUCAAACACAGCUACUUUCCCGCCCAUUAGCAGCCGGGAAGGGGAUGAAUCAUCCAUAAAGACGCACGUGCGAAAGGGGUCAGAAAUCUUGGUGGAACCAGCAGCCAGCGAGGUGGAACCGGUACAUGGCCUACCCGAGGAAACCAUUGAAGGCCAAUUCGGACUCGUAAAGCACCGCCUACUGAACGACAGGAGGCGGGUUUUGACGUUGGAUACGGCUGGUGAUGUGUUGUUGUGGGAUUUGAUUCAGUGUCAACCGAUCAAGAGUUUUGGGAAGAGACACCUGGAAGAUGUAGUGCCAGAUGUUAACACCCUUGAGGCAGUUGCUCCUUGGUGCUCGAUAGACACUAGCUCUGGAAACUUGACAGUUGUGUUGGAACCUUUCAACUGCUUCGACGCCGAGAUGUACGCUGAUGAGUUGAUAUUGGAUGAGCCGGUCGAGUUUAGGGAAGACCAGAGGAUAAACCUUGGAAAGUGGGUUCUUCGAUAUCUCUUUGCGAAUCUUAUUGACGAGGAGAUACGGCGCGACGAGGCGCAUAGGUGGAAACUCAACGAAGCGGUGGAGAACAGACUGGUAACUGGCCGGGGAAACCCGCCACUGGCGAUAUCGAUACCGCCGUCAGAUGGUUGGGCCGCGUUAGACUCGGAUGGUCCGACGCCACGAGCCAACGGAUCACAAUACCCACCUGUCACGCCCGGGUUUGCUAUAGGAUUGGCUACGCCCGGCUCGCCGCUGCCCCCUAUACUCGACUCGCUCACGACUCCGCUUGACAAGCGGUUAUCCCAGGUCAGCCGGCCAUCGGUCGAGAGGGAAGACUACUUUUCGGACGCGAUCCACGCGCCUGACGCAAAUCAGACAGCAAAGCCGAAUCAGACUCCGGCGAGCGAAGUUCCUCCUCCGACAGAAGAAAAGGCAGCCAAGACACCUGGCGAGACCAGCAAGGACAAGGAGAAGGAGAAGGAAAAAGAGAAAGAAAAGGAUAAGGAUGCAAAGGACAAGGACGGGAAUGGUAAAGGCGCGCCGUUUGGGAUGAAGAAAUUCCGCAUGGGAAUGCCCUCUUUUGGCGGUAAAAAGAUUGGCCGUUCAGCGUCGACCGCAGCCGCAGAAAAACCUGCCGUGGUUGAUGAGAAAGCCGAAGAGUCCGAGUCUUCAUCCAACCACGAGAAGGAGUUUGAGGAUAACUUCUUGGGCGUGGUCCAAAAGAUUCACAGCGAAUAUGAGAAGCAGCUGGCCGAGAACCCCGAGAACAUGGUCGAGACCAGGAUCUGCCCGAGCCUGCCCAACGAUACCCCCGUGCUUAAGCUGCCGACGGGAACCAAGGUGAUUCUCCAAGAGGAGACGUCAGGCGGGUCUGCGGAGUUGUACCGCGGGACCGUGGCGACUGUCGGGGCCGACGCCGACAUCAUUGAGCAGAGAGGCCCACAGUGGUUGAGCGAGGUCUUGCUUCUCAACGCCAUCCCGCCCAAGGACCCGAUCAAAGUGUCGUUUGUGUUGCACCCUUGGCAGGACAAACUGCCCAGCAUUACGGCGGCUGAUGGGAAUAACCGCCUUAAUGCUAAUCGCAUGCUACGCGUCAAGAAGAUCUUGGCUUACGUGGCCGAACGCAUCGACCCGCCUGCCGAGAGCGAAGAUGGUGACGCUGCGGGCUCGGAUGCCCUGAAGCCCGAGGAGUAUCUAGAGCUAUAUUGCAACGAGCAGUUGCUACCCAUCACAAUGAGCCUAGCAACCCUGCGGGCACACGUGUGGAAAGGCGGAAACGACAUUGUGCUCCACUACAAGGCGAAUGGCAGGAAGCAUAUUCCAAUGCCUGUCGAAGACCCUGUCGAAGAGGCUAGCAAGCCUGAGUCGAUGAGAGUCGUGGGACAAGUAGUGACGGCAGCAGCUUGAGUGUCAGAAGAAUUCCAAAGCCAUUGCACCUGUGCGUUUGUGUGCGCGCAUAUGUGCUGCCGUGCUGAUAGCGGCAUUGUAUGCAUAUUCAGUGGGUAUUAUCAUAUAUACAUUGUCUAUUCUAGAUGAUAGUGUACAUAACUCUAGUCUAUAUGAGCCUCUGGUUAUGGGCCAGA